AUGAAGCAUUCAUCAACUGCUGCUCAAUCAAAUAUGGGAAUGGGAAUGAAAAUUGAUUCUCUUUUCGAAGACUUAUUGAAUGUGACAGCGGAAGAUUUCAAUUGUGAAACGUCAGAACGAGGCUUAGGAAUGGGCGUGAUGGAAAUGAAAAACGAAAAGAAAAAAAUGGAAAAUUUUCCUGUUGUAGUCUUCAUCCAUAUGUUACUUGUGACAAAUCUCUUGACCAAUGCUUUAGUCAUGACUUUUGAUGAAGUGAAUAAAAAUUAA